AUGUCGGUGAAUUACGCGGCGGGGCUGUCCCCGUAUGCGGAUAAGGGCAAGUGUGGACUCCCCGAGAUCUUCGACCCCCCGGAGGAAUUGGAGCGGAAAGUGUGGGCGCUGGCACAGAUGGUCUGGGAGUCCUCCAACGUGGUCUUCCACACAGGCGCGGGCAUCAGCACUGCUUCCGGCAUCCCGGACUUCAGAGGUCCACAUGGCGUCUGGACAAUGGAAGAGCGGGGCCUGACCCCCAAGUUCGACACCACCUUCGAGACGGCGAGGCCCACGCAGACGCACAUGGCGCUGGUGCAGCUGCAGCGUGUGGGGCUGCUCCACUUCCUGGUCAGCCAGAACGUGGACGGGCUGCACGUGCGCUCCGGCUUCCCCAGGGACAAGCUGGCGGAGCUUCACGGAAACAUGUUUGUAGAGGAGUGCAGCAAAUGCAAGACGCAGUAUGUCCGGGACACGGUGGUAGGCAGCAUGGGCCUUAAAGCCACGGGCCGGCUCUGCACAGUGGCCAAAGCCAGGGGGCUACGGGCCUGCAGGGGGACACUGAGGGACACCAUCCUAGACUGGGAGGACGCCCUGCCUGACCGGGACCUCACCCUCGCUGACGAGGCCAGCAGGAACGCGGACUUGUCCAUCACCCUCGGCACCUCGCUGCAAAUCCGCCCCAGUGGGAACCUGCCUUUGGCCACCAAGCGCCGAGGUGGCCGGCUAGUCAUUGUCAACCUCCAGCCCACCAAACACGAUCGCCACGCCGACCUGCGCAUCCACGGAUACGUCGAUGAUGUCAUGACGCAACUCAUGAAGCACCUGGGGCUGGAGAUCCCAGCCUGGGACGGCCCCCGAGUACUGGACACAGCACUGCCGCCCCUGCCCCGCCCGCCCGCGCCCAAGUUUGAGCCCAAGGAGGAGCUUGCGGCCCAGCUCAACGGUUCUGCACCCUGCAGCCCCAAGCGGGAACCCCCUGCCCAGCACAACGGCCCCCAACCUGCCAUCCCUAAGCGAGAGCAGCCGGACACACCUGCGUUCUGCAGAUCCCCCAAAAGAAUGAAAACCGAGGGGGUCCUCAGUUGA